AUGCGGAGCAGAAGGCUUGGGCUGCUACUGGUGGCAGCAGUGCUGUUGCCCUGGCAGGAACUGAAAGACUUUGUUGGCCUUCAGCAUCGUGCGCGGCAGUCCGGUAUUCCGCGCAAUGCUGGUUUGACUCUGCGAUACUUCGAUGCCCGCGGUGCUGCGGAGACAGUACGCUUGCUGUUUGCAGCUGCCGGCAAAGAGUACAAGGAUCUGCGCUAUCCUAUUUCAUUCGGGACGCCGGGCGACUUCUCAACGAUCAUCCGGAAGAUGUGCGCUGAGUGGGCAAGGCGCGUGCACGAGGCGCAGAUGAAGCGAAACCCCGAGGAGUGGGAGGCUGCAAAGAAGCGCAUCGAGUCUGCGCGCGACCACGAGCGGCAGUCUCGCAAGUGCAAAGCCGCGAAGAACCAUUCGAUCCUUUCUAGGGCGCUUGCAGCAGAGGGCUUGAGGCAGAUGUCUUCCGCGCCCGCGUCAGAGCACAUGGCCGUCCAGGCCAGGUGGAAGUCGGCACAAGAGCACUCCACCAGGCACGUGAGCGAGUUCUACGAGCAGAUGGAAGCGCCAAGGGCUCCGGAGGUUCUGGAUGAUGAGGAGGACGGUGCUAUGGCCGAAGCGGCGGAUCUCAUGGGCGCUGACGUGGUAGCUCUGAGUGCCCUGGGCAAUGAGGGCCUUGAAGACGGUGCUCGCCCAUCGUCUGGAGGCCAGGGAGUAGAUGCGCUGCUGGCACAGCUACGCUCGGAGCCAGCCGAUGCGAACGAGUGUGCAGCGAAGUUUAUGCUGUACGAGGGUUACGCGCAAGAGGUGGAGCAGAUGCGCGGCACCCUGAUGACGUUUCACGAGGAGACCUGCUCCACGGUGCCAGAGUCAGUGGCAGCUGACAUGGGCAAACGGGUGAAAGGCAUUGACUCCACAGAGGCUAUGGGCAUCCCCGAUGAGGCCCGGGAGUGGUUUGUCUUCCACAUGAUGAAGCAGGCCGAAAGGAACAACGUCAGCAUGGCACGCAUUUUAGAGGAUUUUCAGAAGAAGCUGGAGUUCCUGGCGAAGAACGACCAGCAGGAGUGUCCGGUUUGCCUGGAACCCUUCGAAGCAGAAGGUGAGCAUGCAGCUGCCACCUUGGGCUGCUGCCACAAGGUUUGCAAGGAGUGCUGGGAGACCUGGUCGCAGCUGAUGCACGGCCGGGCCUUCUGCCCACUCUGCAGGCAUGAAGAGUUCCUCGGCGAGGAGUUUGAGGAGGACCGCGACGCCGGGAAAAUGGACAUCUCCAUGGGCAAGGUUCCCGUACUGGACGUGGACGGCUUCUCCCUGCCUCAAAGCAAGGCAAUCGAGCGAUACUUGGCUCGGGAACUUGGUAUGAUGGGUUCAACUCCAAUGGAGGAGGCCCUAGUCGAUGCCAUGGCCGAGCACGUACGCGACAUCAAUGAUGCGUAUUCCAGAAAGGGUUUGUUUUUCAUGAAGGACCAGGAAAAGAAGGCAGAGCUACAAAAGAAGUGGUACGAGGAGGAGCUGCCGCUGCUGUUGAGUAAAUUGGAGACGGCGCUGCCCGGCAGCGACGGCUUUGCGGUUGGCGAGAAGGUUUCGCUGGCCGACAUUGCAAUUUUCAAGCUCUUGAAGGCUGGCGCGCGCUCCAUGGUGAUGUCCGCGCGCAGGUUGGCCCAGAGGGCCAGAAGACGUGCUCCUGGACUGCUCGCUUGGUCCGCGCUUGUCCUUCCCUUGCUGUCCUUCUCUGGAGCGUUCCUGUGUGGAAGGCCUGUCUCCUUGUGGAGAUCUGAUGCAAGAAGUGAAGAAAGCAGCGUGGAAUUGGCCGCAACAGCGAUCAAGAAGAAGACCGGUUCAGCAUUGACGAAAAGGGUGCCGCCUCCAUCCGUGAAGGUCACCAAGCUCAAGAAGGGCGAGAGAUAUAGAGGGUACAUCAACCCCAAGCUCAAGGCCCUUGUUGAGGCCCAGGAGUACCGCAAUGUUGUAGACCUCUUGGACAGACUAGAGACCAAAGGCAUGCUGGACCGGCUCUUGAUUUCUGCUGAGGUGUACUGGAAGGACCUGAACAUCUUUGAGAUUUCAGCGCUGGAGAAAGAUGCAGGUCGACGAGCAGUUUCGAAGAUCAUGCGACGAGACUGGUCCAGGAUUUGGCCAAAGGAGCUCGAAGAAGAACGAUUUGAGGCCUUUGAAACCUUCAGCGCAUUUUGGAGACGAGUAGAGCAGAGUCAAAUUAUUGAUACGCUGGUUGGUGAGGUUCUUCCCGACCUGAAGCGCGGGUAUGACGCUGCUGGAGUGGAUCGACUAGACCAGCAGAGGCUUCUGGAAAAGCCCCAGGAGCUGCGGGAGGACGAGUUUAAGAAUCGCUUCAAUGACUCGGUGACCGCUGACAUGUACCGCAUCCUCAGCGAGAACGACACGGCUAUUCCCAAGCUGUCGGAGAAGCUCCUGCCCUUCUUUGCUCGUGGGAUGAACAACUUUGAGUACAAGGUGAACAACACGCCGGUGGCAAUGCCAGACUUUGCCAAUGUUACUGUGGCCAUCGCCAUUUCCAUUGGCUUCGUCAUUGUUCUGGCCCUCAGUGGAUUCGUUCAGCCGCCAUCCCUGGAAGAGACAACUGUGCUGCAACGCACGGAAGAAAGAAAUAAUGUCGCGAAGUUGAUUGCAGUACCUUUGCCCACUGCACCAGCACCGACUGAACCUGCUCCAGUUCCGCCCAGUGACCCUCCGGCUAGUGAAGGUUGA